CAUGAGUUCUCAUGCUCUGGUUGUAACUUGUAUCAACGCAAGUCCUUUAGUUGGCUAAGCCGCGGUAUGGGCACUAAACAAAAAUAUUCAUGUGGACUUUUGGGAGCCAAGCAAUAGAAAGGGCAAGUUUAAUAUAAUAUAUGUAUGGAGCCAUUCCACUGGGCAAGACCCAGCCAACCGAGCCCUGUUUCAUGAAGAAAUUUGAUUCAUAUGUUUGUGGACUGUUGGGAGCCAAGAGAUAUUCUGAGGAUUGGAGGCUGGAGCCCCCCAUCCAUGACAUCACAAACUUUUGAUGUCAGCGUACAUGUUUAUGUGAUCGUGGGAAAGUUCGCCGCUGCUGCUGUGGACCCCAAGACGAGCUACCAGUCAAUUUUCAAUCACACGGCAUGAACACUGAUAUGCAAACUCACCCACGCCUCCUUCGUUAUAUAAGGGAUCUAAAAGGAUUCAACUUCAAGCAUUCCUUCUAGAGGAGAAAAACGAGGCAGAGAAGGAAGAAGGAAAACAAACAAACAUGACACCUAAAGAUAUGUUUGGUCAUCCAGGAUCCAUAAUAGCGAGUUUGAUGUUUGUGUGGGCAAUGUUUCAGCAAUACUUACCUUAUCAGCUCCGAAACUGCAUCGAGAAGUACUCUCAAAGAUUGCUGAGCUUGGUUUAUCCUUACAUCCAAAUCAGGUUCAACGAGUUCACCGGAGAGCGUCUCAUGCGGAGUGAAGCUUACUCGGCCAUCGAGAACUACCUCAGCUCCAAUACCUCUUCGCAGGCGAAGCGGCUGAAGGCUGACAUAGUUAAGAACACAGAGUCUCUUGUUCUUAGCAUGGAUGACCACGAAGAGGUUGCUGACGAAUUUAAAGGAGUCAAGCUAUGGUGGGCUUCUGGGAAAAAUAUCAUCAAAACACCGUCACUUUCUUUCCACCCAGUUUCGGACGAGAAGAGAUUCUACAGGCUCACUUUCCAUAAACGACAUCGGGAUCUCAUUCUCCGGCCGUACCUGAAUCAUGUCCUGAAAGAAGGCAAGGCGAUUAAAGUUAGGAACCGGCAACGAAAGCUGUACACCAACAACGGCUCGUAUUGGAGCCAUGUCGUGUUUGAGCACCCGGCUACGUUUCAGACGCUGGCUAUGGAUCCAGUGAAGAAGAAAGAGAUUAUCGAUGACCUCAUCACUUUCAGCAAAGCGGAAGAAUUUUAUGCAAGAGUUGGGAGGGCUUGGAAGAGAGGCUUUCUACUUUAUGGUCCUCCAGGAACUGGAAAGUCUACCAUGAUUGCUGCCAUGGCCAAUCUUUUGUGCUAUGAUCUAUACGACCUUGAAUUGACCGCGGUGAAGGACAACACUGAGCUGAGGAAACUAUUGAUUGAAACAUCAAGUAAGUCUAUUAUUGUGAUUGAGGACAUAGAUUGUUCACUCGAUCUCACUGGUCAAAGGAAGAAGGAAAAGGAGAAAGUGGAAGCAGAAGAAGAAAAGGAUCCGAAGCCAAAAGUAGAAAAAGAAGAAAAGGAUGCCAGAGGGAGCCAGGUGACUCUUUCGGGACUCCUAAAUUUUAUAGAUGGGCUUUGGUCAGCUUGUGGUGGGGAAAGGCUGAUUGUGUUCACGACUAAUUUUGUGGAGAAGCUCGAUCCAGCACUGAUUCGGAAAGGACGGAUGGAUAAGCAUAUAGAGUUGUCCUACUGCAGGUUCGAGGCGUUCAAGGUGCUGGCUAAGAACUAUCUCUAUCUUGAAUCUCAUGACUUGUUUCCCCAAAUCCGUGAGUUGUUGGAAGAAACAAACAUUACUCCAGCUGAUGUUGCCGAGCAUUUGAUGCCCAAGACAAUUUCAGGGGAUGCAACAUUUUGCUUGGAGGGUCUGAUCCAAGCUCUUGAAACGAAAAAAGAAGAAGCAAGGUUGAAAGCUGAGGAAGAAAGGCAAAAGAUAGAACAAUCAGCCAAGGAAGAAGCAAAGGAGCAAGAUAAAAUCAUGACUGAUGAAGGAUAAUGUGGAACCAAUAAUUCUCCCUAAAUAUGCCACAGAAAAGCAGCCAUCAGCCCUGAUAAGCCAAAUAAAAAUAAGCCAAACUGGAGGAGCCAUCCCUGAUGAAAUGAGUGACGUUGGUGUAUGAAUUAAGAGUCCAAAGCUCCACGACUGGACAAAGAAGGUUUAUUACUAUAUGAAAAGAAAACCUGCUACAGGCCAACCACUUUUGUGUACUACGAGUUUAAUCGAAUUAUUGUUUUUGGUGUGCCUAAAUCCAGAGUUAAGCUAAUGAAAAUCCUCUACAUAGUUCACAAAGUUUGGAAAAUUUACCUGGUUGAACAUUAUAAAUUUUUUGUCAGCAAUCUUCCAUUUUGUUGGCCAAGUAUCCUUGGUAUGAUGCAAUUGGAAUGACUACCCACGCUCAAGGAUCGAGGUGGCUUGCAUAUUUCAACUUCCAUCCUCAACAAUGUUGAGGAAAUUUAAUAAUUUGCACGUUGGUUGUCCUAGUCUUUAGUGAGUUUGUUUACCUAGUCAUCGGAGUUUGUUUUUAACGUGGGAUAGUGCCUACUUUCAUGUUGCUUUCAGUUAUGUAUUAGCCUAUUUAUAGGCUGUUUGUUUAUCAAUGAAAAUGCAGAAAUUUAUCCCCUGCUUUCUCUA